AUGAAAGAUCGAAAAAUUUGUGGUCGUCCAACAUGUAAAGGUCAACGAAAAUUUAAAUAUUUACAAGGAAGCAGAUAUACAUAUGAAUAUACAACAGAUGCGAAAACUUUUUCGGAAGACAGUGUUAACAGUAAUAAAUCAAUAAUUUCUGUAAAAGGCGAAGUUGGUAUAGUUUUCAUCACGGAAUGCGAUGCUCUGUUGGAGUUAUCAAAAUUUAAAUUCAGCGAUAAAGAGUUGUCAAAAGAUUUAGAAAACGAGGAUGAUAAUGCCAGUACCGAAUUAUUUUCUGAGGCACUUUCGAAAAACUCCUUAAGAUUUUCGUUCAACGAUGGCGUAAUAUCGGAGGUGUGUCCUGAUGAAAGUGAGGAAAGCUGGGUUCUAAAUUUUAAAAAAGGGAUUUUGUCUAUGAUUUACAACGACAUGCGCAGAUUUGAUUUGGAUUAUACCGGAUUCGAAGAUGAUAUUCACGGAAAAUGCCAAGCAUCUUACAAACUACAAAAAGCCCGCGAUUCCAUCUUAGUCGUUGAGAAAAGUAGAGAUUUCUCAUCCUGCCAAGGACGAUCACAACUCCAUUCCAGUUUACAAUCUACUCCUUAUUAUCACAAAACAAAACAACAUCGUGCAAAUUUAUUAAAGUCAUCUAGCACCUGUGAACUUGCUAUAGACAACCGUAUUUAUGAUAACAUCAAAUGCAAGGAAGUCCACAUUUUCCAACCGUUUUCAAGUAAAACUGCAUAUGCUACAACGCUUGUCGAACAGAAUUUGAAUUUUGUUUCGGAAUCAAAAGAAGAAAUUAGCGUGGACGAUCUAAGUCUCAUAAAUAGAAGGCAGACUUUGCUUUUCGAUCAUAAGACUACCGCUCGACUAUCUUUAGACGGUUUGAAAACUGUUAGAAAUCUAGUACAGACCCUCUGUAAAUUGAACAGUCAAGAUGUACAAACGGAAUAUGCCGAAACUUUUUCUACUUUGAUUCGUCAAAGUAGAACCCUAAAUUACGGAGGACUAUCAUCUCUGUUAAGACAUGCAAACAUUAGAUGUCACAAUGGAAAGAAGUUUAUCCUUGACGCUCUCCCAUAUUUAGGAAGUGACGCUGCUGUAGAAGUUAUGAAGGAUGUGGCAUUAAAAAACGAUAUUUCUGAUGAUACUCUCAGAUCGUGGAUAGUAACUACAAGUUUUCUACCAAAUCCUUCAACAACGAUGCUUCGUGCAAUGCAUGAGGUAUUGAAUGCGAAAAUUGACGAUUCUGUUGUAGUUUUAGGGAUUUCCGCACUUGUUCGCACAUACUGUGUUCAAAAUUCGAACUGUUUAUUGAAAGAAACUCCCAACGACAUCGUCAAUUUAUUGGAAAAUCGCCUAAUGGAAGACAUUGAAAAGAAAAAGAAAUUACGCGAUCUUGCGCCAAAAGAAACUGAACAACAGAUUUUCAUAGCACUAAAGGCUCUUGGCAAUAUCGGAGUAGUUUCUAAACCAUUUCGCGUUUUUCUUGAUGGUGUAGUUGAAGAUUCGACAUUAGAAAAUGGCAUACGAGUUGCUGCAAUCGAAGCUUACCGUCGUCUUCCUUGCAGUCAAGCUCGAAGUUUCUUUGAAAAAAUUUUCGAAAACGAAGACGAGGACAGUGAAAUUCGUAUAGCUUCCUAUCUCCAAGUUAUGAGAUGCCCCGAUUACAAAACUAUCCAAAACAUUCACAACACGUUACAAAAAGAACAAGUCAAUCAAGUUGGAUCUUUCGUAUGGAGUCAUUUGAAUAACUUACUGAAAUCUUCGAUACUUAAUCGAUUGGAAAUACAAGGGUUACUGUCCGAUAAAGAACUCAAAAGAAAAUUUAGCACAGAUGUAAGGAAAUUUUCUAGGAAUUUCGAAGGGGCGUUAUUUUUUGAGGAAUUUAAUUUUGGAGGCAACUACGAAAGUAAUGUGAUAUUUUCACCCGCUUCAUACAUUCCUAGAUCGAUUAUGUUGAAUAUGACCGUUGACUUAUUUGGCGAAUCAAUUAAUUUAUUCGAGGUCUAUGGAAGAAAUCCCAUGAAAGAUCGAAAAAUUUGUGGUCGUCCAACAUGUAAAGGUCAACGAAAAUUUAAAUAUUUACAAGGAAGCAGAUAUACAUAUGAAUAUACAACAGAUGCGAAAACUUUUUCGGAAGACAGUGUUAACAGUAAUAAAUCAAUAAUUUCUGUAAAAGGCGAAGUUGGUAUAGUUUUCAUCACGGAAUGCGAUGCUCUGUUGGAGUUAUCAAAAUUUAAAUUCAGCGAUAAAGAGUUGUCAAAAGAUUUAGAAAACGAGGAUGAUAAUGCCAGUACCGAAUUAUUUUCUGAGGCACUUUCGAAAAACUCCUUAAGAUUUUCGUUCAACGAUGGCGUAAUAUCGGAGGUGUGUCCUGAUGAAAGUGAGGAAAGCUGGGUUCUAAAUUUUAAAAAAGGGAUUUUGUCUAUGAUUUACAACGACAUGCGCAGAUUUGAUUUGGAUUAUACCGGAUUCGAAGAUGAUAUUCACGGAAAAUGCCAAGCAUCUUACAAACUACAAAAAGCCCGCGAUUCCAUCUUAGUCGUUGAGAAAAGUAGAGAUUUCUCAUCCUGCCAAGGACGAUCACAACUCCAUUCCAGUUUACAAUCUACUCCUUAUUAUCACAAAACAAAACAACAUCGUGCAAAUUUAUUAAAGUCAUCUAGCACCUGUGAACUUGCUAUAGACAACCGUAUUUAUGAUAACAUCAAAUGCAAGGAAGUCCACAUUUUCCAACCGUUUUCAAGUAAAACUGCAUAUGCUACAACGCUUGUCGAACAGAAUUUGAAUUUUGUUUCGGAAUCAAAAGAAGAAAUUAGCGUGGACGAUCUAAGUCUCAUAAAUAGAAGGCAGACUUUGCUUUUCGAUCAUAAGACUACCGCUCGACUAUCUUUAGACGGUUUGAAAACUGUUAGAAAUCUAGUACAGACCCUCUGUAAAUUGAACAGUCAAGAUGUACAAACGGAAUAUGCCGAAACUUUUUCUACUUUGAUUCGUCAAAGUAGAACCCUAAAUUACGGAGGACUAUCAUCUCUGUUAAGACAUGCAAACAUUAGAUGUCACAAUGGAAAGAAGUUUAUCCUUGACGCUCUCCCAUAUUUAGGAAGUGACGCUGCUGUAGAAGUUAUGAAGGAUGUGGCAUUAAAAAACGAUAUUUCUGAUGAUACUCUCAGAUCGUGGAUAGUAACUACAAGUUUUCUACCAAAUCCUUCAACAACGAUGCUUCGUGCAAUGCAUGAGGUAUUGAAUGCGAAAAUUGACGAUUCUGUUGUAGUUUUAGGGAUUUCCGCACUUGUUCGCACAUACUGUGUUCAAAAUUCGAACUGUUUAUUGAAAGAAACUCCCAACGACAUCGUCAAUUUAUUGGAAAAUCGCCUAAUGGAAGACAUUGAAAAGAAAAAGAAAUUACGCGAUCUUGCGCCAAAAGAAACUGAACAACAGAUUUUCAUAGCACUAAAGGCUCUUGGCAAUAUCGGAGUAGUUUCUAAACCAUUUCGCGUUUUUCUUGAUGGUGUAGUUGAAGAUUCGACAUUAGAAAAUGGCAUACGAGUUGCUGCAAUCGAAGCUUACCGUCGUCUUCCUUGCAGUCAAGCUCGAAGUUUCUUUGAAAAAAUUUUCGAAAACGAAGACGAGGACAGUGAAAUUCGUAUAGCUUCCUAUCUCCAAGUUAUGAGAUGCCCCGAUUACAAAACUAUCCAAAACAUUCACAACACGUUACAAAAAGAACAAGUCAAUCAAGUUGGAUCUUUCGUAUGGAGUCAUUUGAAUAACUUACUGAAAUCUUCGAUACUUAAUCGAUUGGAAAUACAAGGGUUACUGUCCGAUAAAGAACUCAAAAGAAAAUUUAGCACAGAUGUAAGGAAAUUUUCUAGGAAUUUCGAAGGGGCGUUAUUUUUUGAGGAAUUUAAUUUUGGAGGCAACUACGAAAGUAAUGUGAUAUUUUCACCCGCUUCAUACAUUCCUAGAUCGAUUAUGUUGAAUAUGACCGUUGACUUAUUUGGCGAAUCAAUUAAUUUAUUCGAGGUCUAUGGAAGAAUUGAAGGCUUCGAGCGUUUCGUGGAAAAUCUGUUUGGAAACAAGGGUGAUUUCAGUUACGAAAAUAUGAAAGAGAAAAUGCCGAAAAUAAGAUGGCCCAGAGCUAUUUCUAAUUCUAACGCGCUUACCAAUGAAAUUAACGAUUUUGAUUAUAAAUUAAAAAACAACUUUAACAAUCCGAAGUUUUCAACUGGAUUUAAAAUAUUCGGGAAUGACAUGAGGUUUGAGACGUUCAGCGGCGAAGACGAAAUCAAAUCUUCGCUUAAAAAAUUUAACAUUUUGAACUAUCUGAAGCAAAUACUCUCUGGAAAAGAAAUCAACAUCAGUAAGUCGGCUUUAUUCAUGGACACCAGUUAUGUGGUGCCGACAGGAUCAGGAUUCCCACUGUCCUUGAAUAUCCUAGGCACUGCGUCGUUUAAUUUAAAAAUGUUCGGUUCCCUAAAAGUUUCAAAUCACGCGGAUGGUAAAGAAUUCGACUUGUUCGGAAGCAUAAAACCAAAUAUGGCGGUAAACAUAGUCGGUACAAUGUCUGUCGAUGGAAUUUAUGGAGUAUCAGGAAUCAAACUGAAAAGCAACGUAUAUUCGUCGAGUUCUGCUGAAGGAUCAAUCAAGAUUAAAGGAAACCGUUUCGUUAGCGUUAAAAUGAGCCUCCCUCAACAAACUAACGAAAUAUUUGGUGCUGAGUCUCAGCUAUUUCUAGUCAAAGGUGAUCGGGACGUAAGUUUGGUAACUGAUGAGAGCAACAUGAUAACGAAAACGACUUGUUCUUGGCCCACAAUAGACAAAACAGUCGGAUUGAAGCUGUGCGCCCAUAUCCAUUUUGCAAACGUUACAAAAGCGGAAGGAAAUUCUUACUUUUCGUUGGCAGGGCCCGCAGGCGUUCGUAUUUCUCUCCAUAAGAGCGACACGUCAAUCAAAACGUACUCUUUAGAGUAUUCUUGGAAAGACAAUGACGACAAACGUGAAAUUUCAAUUGUGUUUGAUACACCGGGCUCCUCAGUCGAACGAAUGAUAAGUGCUCAUUUGAUAUCAGAUUCGCAAACAUUUAAUUCCAGUCUUCGUAUACAAUCACCCUCUGGACAUGUGUAUGCUCAAGGAAACUUUAGAAAUUCGAAACUGUUUCAAUAUUUUCAAGCGUCUUUAGAUAUCGACGAUAAAAAACAUUUCCUAGCCUCCUUGUCUUUAGAACAACAAGAUAGCACACAUGGAGUCAUAUUUUUACCGAAAUUUUACUUGGAAGUUAACACCGAAAGAGUUGCCGAACUGUUUGGAACGUUUAAAAGGAUCGAAAAGAAUGGCGUUUCACAAUGCGACGUGGACCUUAAAUUUCAAACGAAACGGCUGACAUCUAAACUUUUCGGAUAUAUUACUCAAAUGGAACAUUCGAUUGGAACAAAUCUGAAACUAGAUUACAAAUUUGCCCAAACACAAGAACAAAGAGUAAGACUUGAGUAUAUGAUAGAGAAUCGUUCAACCCGUUACGUCUACGCGUAUACGGGAAACUUAAAAUUUGAGACAACUGCUUAUCCCCAAUUUAACAUGGACAUUGAUUUAAAAUAUCAGAUCGGAUCUCAUCGUAUGGAAGGUAAACUGGAGUUGAAAACAAAUCCACCGGCUGACGAGGGAACAGAUGUCGAUUUUAACAGGUUAUCAAUAUUAGCCAAAGUUGUUCAAAGGACGCAUCAGGACGAAAUGAUCUUUUCUACUGUUUUCUCAGUAAAGAAACCAGCGAGCAACCUGAAUCUAAGUUUUGACUUAUCUUACGAAUCAAAGGGUCCGUACAGAGAUAUCUUUACUCUUAUAAAGUACGCGGAAGAUAAGCAAGUAACCGUAUCGGUUUUCUGGUUUCGUCCUAGAGGAACAUUCGAACAUAUGGAAGGAAGGGUUAAUGUGACAAUACCCGGUUUCGAACCGAUGCUUCUAGAAGGAAAACUAAACGAGAAAUUAGAACUAGACUAUGACAUUGAAUUAAGCGGAACCUGGUUCAGUGGUCACAAUUUUACGUCAGUAGGUGUUUAUCAGGACAAAAGUUCAUCAAAAACUUUCAAUCAUCGAUUAAAAUUUCUCAUUAAAUCUCCAAGUUUCCGCGAUAUUCACGCUGAUUGCCAUUUCUACAGAGACAACAGUCAAAUCGAAGUCAAUCUUCAGGCUGAUCAAAAUCUUCAAGAAUACGCUCUAUUCUUCAAGAACUCUGUUAGUUCUAACAAUCUUACAUUAACCCAAUUCAAGAUAAGGUAUCAAAAUCGAAUCUACAGCGUAACAAGCUCACUAAAUUUGAAAGAACAUGAAAAACAGCUUAUGGUCGAACUACAUUUGGACGAAUACAGAGAUAUACACUUCUCGGUUUGGGGAAAGAAUCAGAACAAUUUUAAAUCUGUCUCAGCAGGAAUGGAAAUAAAAUGGGACGCAAAUCGAGAUCCAAAUCAAAAACUUUCAUUUCUACUUGACUUCUUAAAUCCACAAAUAUACGAUUAUUCCGCAAAUUUAGUAUUAUCUUAUCCUGGUCGAUCAUUUAACGGAGUAUCUCACUUUUUUUUACAAGAGGGCACCUUUUCCGUUCUAUUUCGCCUGACCUGGGACACAGACAAGGCGAUAGGGGCUAGUCUUAGCACACUUUACAAAGAUGGCGAUAAACAAUUACUAGCUCAAAUAAGUUCCGAAUUAGUUACACCGUUUGACAAGUGGAAAAGAACAUCAUUCGAAAUGGGAUUUAAUCAUGGACAAAAUAGUACGAGGCUUAAUGGAAGCGUUCACUGGCAAUCAACUCAAUAUGUAUCAAUUGAUUUGUCGAGUGAUUAUGUAUUAAUUGACGCGUCAACUUUGAACUUUAAAUUGUUAGGAUCUCUUAACAGUACCAUAAAAGAAAUCCAAUCAAUGAUUGCAAAACUGGAUCAUAAACAUAAUAAAACUAAAGUUGACACCUUGAUCUUUAUAAUGUACGAACCAGAAAAAAUAAUUGAUAUAAUUAGCAACUGGCAAAUCGCUGAAACGACAAACAUGACUAAUUUAACCGGAUCCGUAUCUUUAACAACACCUUUUUACGGAUACAGAAAAGGCAUUCUUAUUAGUAAAAUACACAUGACGAAUGACAGAAAUAUACGUGGAGUAGCUGAACUGAGUCUGGAUCACAAAAAAUUUACGGCUAGCGUUAAAGGGCACCUGCAAAAAAUAACGAAUAGUAUGAUUAAUUUUAAUAUUACAACCCCUAAUGAAAAAUAUAAGGAACUACGAGGACAAUUAGGGUUCUUAGAAGAAGAUAAAUAUUUAGUUGCACUCGUUCAAUAUCCUGCAAGAAGUGUUGGAAUCGAAGUUCGCUUUUCUUUAAUAGCUAUAACAACUUUUGAUGUCAAAUUCUAUCUUGCUACUCCCAUAGAAUUUUUGAUGGAAGUACUACUGGUAGCGAAAUUAAAACCAGAAACAGCGGAUUUUCGAGCGGGGUGGAAUCAGAUGCUGGCGGGUUUUACGGGCAAAUGGCACUAUCAGAAUAUCACAGACUUCGAUCAUUCAUACAAAAUUUUUACUCCAAUCCAAGAUUACGAAUCAAACGGGGUUGUGGCGAAGCUGAUGCUUAAAGAAGGACUGGAUACUGAAUUUUCAGUUAAGAUGGCCCAGUAUAGAUUGGGUGUGAAGGUAGUGGGACAACAGAAACCAAAAUUAUUCAAGGAAAUGGAUAUUAAGUUGGAAGACGUUUACAAUGUACGAAAAUAUUACGAACUGUCUGAUAGUCUAGAGGACUACGACGAAAAUGGCCGGCCACGUUUCCCGGAAGAAAUAGAAUCAAUGAGCUGGGGUGGUUUGGUGGAAAUAGAUGCUCUUGUUUAUCCGACUAUGAGAGGAACACUAGACAUGGAUCAACUUGGAAACGUCUAUGCUUUUUCAGGCACUCUCAAACUUCCCGAGGGUCAAGCAACAUUAGAAGAUCUAUUUAGCUUUCAACGAUUACUGAACAUGGAAAAUCAAUUGCACAUCAUAACUCCUUUCGAAUCGUUCAAAGAUAUGAAUUUCGAUUUUAAAAUUAGCGUAAAACCCACCAGGAAAUAUUUAGCUUCUUUCGAUUUCCGUUAUCAAAAUCGAACGGACUGGACAAAGGCUGGAGCGCUGGCAAAGUACACAUUGGAACAUCAAGAAGCUAAGGAAUUAACCCAGCACAGAUUAACGGGUCAUGUUCACACGCCGUUUGAAAGGUUUCCAUCUUUUGACCUUCUUGCAGCUUUUGAUGUUGAAGAAAACGUUUACAGAAUUAACGUGAGCGCGGCCACCAACAAGAGUACUAUUUGGGGUGAAAUAAACACAGAAUUUGACGAAGGUUUACUCGAGUUAGAGGGAGGGUUGAGUGUUAGCUCGCCUAUUAUAAAUGUACCCCCUGCGCAUUUCUUUUUCAAAAAGGAAUCGACGUCAAUGGAGAACAGCUUAGAUUUUUUGUUCAACACUUCGCUCAACGAAACGCAUAAAUUUGUUGUAGAAACGAUGUUACGUUAUCAGAGUUUAAUAAACUUUAAAACAGACUUCAUGUUACAAAUGCCAUUUCAAAGUAUGGAUAAAUCACAGAUAGGGGCGUAUGUCUUAAUUACCAACGCAAGUACCGAAGCGGAGUUUCACUUAGAACUAUCUCCAGUUUAUUUAUUAACAAACAUCUCACUCAAAGAUUCAAUUCUUCGCAGUCAUGUUCUCUUAAAUUUUCACAGAGACAAACACAAUGCAGUUCUGCUGUGCUUACUGAGAAAAACUUCGUCUUUAACUAAAGACGCUAGAGGACAUUUAACUUUAGACGGGAGAAUUUAUACUGUUAAUGGUUUAGUACAGUUGCUGGAGGACGGUGUGCCGACGAAAAUUGAAAUUCAAAUUGAGCCUAGAAGUACAGGAAAUCCCUACCUUAUCGAAUAUUUGCAUAAUCCAAAGCUCCAAGAAUAUAAUUUUUCGGUAAAACGCCAUCAGCAAGAAAUAAUCGCCCUACAAACUUUGAUAACAGAUAAAAAUAAAUUUGAAAAAACGAUAACUGUACAGAUUGACACAAUCCACAAAAAGUACAAAACAUUCAAAAUUGAAGCCACAACUAUUUUAAAUUCCGCUAAUAGCAUACUGGACGUGAAAGCUGAAACACCUUUUCCACAAAUUGAAAAACCCGCAUUUGGUAUUUCUUUCACAAAGGAUGUACUGGGUUAUCGACACAUGAAUGCACAUUUCGAAUUUAAAGAAUCUAAAGGGAACUUAGAUUGCAGCUGGAUAUGGGUUGUCAUGGAGAACAUGAGAGUGAAACUAGUUGGAAAUAUUGAGAGGGGUAACAAAAGUAAUGAUGCAUUUUUGGACGCGUUUUACGUGAAUCCCGAUAAAAGUGGAUCUCUUCAAAUUGGAGCUUUAGCUAACAUCAAUAACAUAUGGCAAACAUUCACAAAUUUAACGUUACGUGCACUCUCAAAGAAGAAAUUGGAUUUCUCGGCUUAUUUAAAACUGCCACCGCCACAAAUUGAUACGCAUUCCUUGAUUGCUGGGUACGACAGUGCAUUUGAAGCAGGAAAUUUUCAAUACCACGGAAAUUAUAAAACCACGUACACAAAUAAAAAUUACGGAAGCACUGGAACGAUUUCCUACGGAGAUAAAAGUAAAAUAAACGGGAUGGUGGAUGUUGAAUGGGAGAAGAAACGUAUCAAAAAUCACUUGGCUAUGGGCCUAAAUGAUGACGCUAUGGACUUUCAUUAUAAACUUUACAGCCCUUAUUAUGAUAAUGAAGAAACGGUUAUCACAAACUUCACUUACAGGGGAUUAAGUGGUUAUCACAAUCUUUCAUUUUAUGCAUUUUCCCCUGCAAGUCGUCAAGUGGGUAAAGCUUUGGUUGAUUUUAAAAGCAUGAAAAACAUGAACGGCACCCUUAAUGUGACAUCGCCAUUUAAAGGACUGACGCAUAUAGGCAGUCGCUUCAAUUUCCAAUCUUCCAGCAAAGUAUAUAACCGAUAUUUGGAAGUAUUUUGGCCCAAAAACAAAGCCUUUAUAGAUUCAAAAUGCAACAUCGAGAAAAGUGUUUCACCAUCUGCUAAUCACGCAAACGGUGUAAUUUUGGUGGUGGUGCCGUUGUCCACAAAGCACGUUGGAAGGGUUGAUUAUUCAUACAAAGAAAUGGCUAAAAUUAGUAGUGGUACUGCAACUGUCAUUUACAACAACAGCAAAAUUAUUGAUGGAAAAUACAAUUGUGUUUCUCAAUCAAAAAAUAAUAUAGACAAAGACAGGAUCAAUAUUGAGCUAAAGAAUAAAUGGUUACCUUUGGGCCUUAUAUUUGUCAGGGGUUACCAAACUUUUAACGACAAAUUGACGAAGGAGUCUAAUCGUAUAGAUAAGAAUUCUAAACGCAUCGAAAUUUAUCAUCUCUAUAAUAAAACCGGGUUCAACGUAACAGGAGAUUUAGUAGUUCUUAAUACCGAAACUGGCCAAAAUAUAUCCAUAAUGGCAAUCAAUUUAAAUCGUACCGUGAAGUUUUGGACAGAUUACGACAUAAGGGAUCAAAAACUUAAGCAACGCUCUAAACUUGAAUUAGAACCGACCGUUUGGAUUGGAUACGAUUUGCUCAUUGAAAACAAAACACGAGAUGAAACCGAAGAAGCCAAAAAAAUCGAAUUGAACCUUUCAUAUCCUUUAAGAAACUUUACGGCUUUCUUAGAAUAUAAUCUCACAAAUAACAAUUUCAUUUCUGAAACGUCAUUGCGAUGGGAAAACAAAACCAGAAACCUUGAAGCAGCUGUCAAAUGGGAAAGGAACAAAAAUGACCAUCCGAAACGGCACACAUUCGAAUUAGAACUUCGACAUCCAUCUUUGGAAAAGAAUGUUUCCAUAAUUGGAGACUUCCGUUCAUCUUCAAGAAAACUCCUGGAAAUAGACAUAGCAGCGACGUAUUCCCUAGACAACUCCCACGAUCUGAAGUUUGGCCAUUUACUCGAACGAAAUUUCGAUCCGAAAAUAAUAAAUUAUACGUACAAAAUAUGGAGCAACCACCCUGCUACGAAUUUACACUUAAAUGCCAACGGAGAUUUACUUUGGAAGCCACGAUGGUAUCAUACGUCGCAUUUUGCUACCUACGAGAGAACAUAUUUACCCCUACAGACCGCCGAAACAUUCGCAACCUUCGACUGGGACGGAAAAGAAAUCGAAUUAAAAAGAAAAACAUUAAGAGAACUGCUCUACUUUUGGGGGAAAUACGUGGGAGGAUUUCCGGUUUACACAGCAAAUUUAACAGCCUUGCACGGUGAAGAUGUCAACUCCAACGGUACUUUCUAUCUCGACUUCAGAGAAAAAGUAAUCGAAAUCGUAUUGAAUUUAACAGAAGACGGAAGCCAGUGUCUGCGAGGGUACGGUUACAUACCGGAUGCAAGAAGUGCUGUUUUUGAUAUUUGGCGUGAAUACGAAGACAUCUCCGUUUCAGAUGUAGCAUAUUACCUAAGACUGAACCAUUCUCGACUAAUAGUAUCCAGCUUGCAAUGGAGACCCGAAUUGAAGCAGGACAUCAAGGUGAGAAAAGAAACUGUUACUUUAAACUUGAAGAAGUCGAGAUAUUAUCAAUUCCCAGAGCUUAAAGUAGUCGAAGACGAUUUCAAAAAGCUACAAGAUUAUAUGAAUAAGUCGUAUUAUGCCAACGAAUUUUACAUUCGAGACGUCGUCAGAUUUGCUGUUUACGCCGUAGAUGAAUUAUCUAUCAGAUCCCAUUUAGAAUCUCUGCCAGCUUUUGUCAGUGAAAUCUGGGAAAUAAUGGGAGAGUCGGGAAAAAAGAUACAGAAAGGAAUACAUUGGGUUAUCGAAAGGAUAAAAUACUAUUAUAAAAGCACAGCCGACUUCUUCAAUGGACUACUUCAAGGCGAUUCGGCUCAACAUUUAUCGGAGGCGUUAAAGAAACUCGUGGAGAAAUACGACAAUUUCAUAAAGGAUAUGCAUGUUACUUUCAUAAGGUAUAUGGAAAACCUUUGGAACAAGACAUACGCCAUCCUUCUCGAUAAUUGGCACAAAACUUUGGCCGCGAUUGAACCAACAUUCAUACAAAUUGUCCAUUACCUUGAAACAAUGGUAUGGAAUGCCAGUAAAGAAUUUUUAGAUUUUCUUUACCUGAGAAAGAACGAACUGAUACAGUCGCUGUAUUUCUCGAAGUUCACUCAUUUUACGCAGGAUCUGGAUAAAUUUUACCGGGAUAUGACGGGAAAUGAAACCAUAUGGAAGAUAAUAGAAUAUUCAAAAGUGGGAUAUAAUUUCUUAAGAGAAAGGUACUUUGAAUUGGUCCCUUUUAGCAAAGAAUUGCAGAAUGUUACAAUAGAAAUAGUCGAUGAAGUGAAAGAACUGAGCAAAUUGCCAUCCAUUAAGAUGCUCUUGACGAAAGUGAACGAUUUAUCGAAUCAGAUAAAAUGGUUUUGGGAUUAUUUUGAUGUGGAUAACAAAAUUCGAGUAUUUAUCACGCAACUUCAUAUUAAGUUAACUGAUAUUACACAAACUGCUCUACAAGCAGAAAGCAAAUAUAGAGAAGCCAAAACGUUGUUCGUAUUUGAGCCCAAGGAUGGAGUCAUGUAUUAUGAACAAAAACUGCCAAUUUCUUGGCACGCCUUCAACGAAGCUCCAAAAUUUCAUGAAAUUCCAGAAUACAAGAUGCUGCAUGAAAUACGACAAUAUUUCAUGGCAUCCAGAAUAACAUUUUGGAGCUUUUAUUAUAAUCUCCAACAGUAUACCGAUCCAUCAAACUGGCUACCACCUUUCAAAGCUCAAGCGAUGUUAGCUGGGAGAAAUCCAUUUUUUAUCACUUUCGAUAGAGUUUUCUACAAUUACAGUAGUUCAUGCAGUCACCUUUUGGUCUCGGACUUUCUAGAUCGUAAUUUAUCGUUGGUUAUUUCGUACAAAGAUGAUAUUAACAUCAUAGAUCCAUACGAAAUAAUGGUUAUUUUGAAUAAAUCCGUAAUACAUAUCAAUAUAUUUAAUAAGGUCAUUCGUUAUGAAGAUGAUAAGUCAUUACCAAUCCCUGUACGUUUACCUUUUCAAGUGGAACAUGCCGUUGUUUAUUAUGAAUCCGAUAUAAUAAUUGUUGAAAGAGAAGCCGAUUUUUCUCUAAGGUGCAACACGAAAUUCUUUACGUGUAUUUUCGAGAUGUCGGGAUGGUACUUUGGAAGAACCGCUGGACUUUGGGGUACCAUCAAUAACGAACCGUCCGACGAUUUGCUUUCGUCACAUGGUCAAAGAAUGAAAUUAAUUAAUGCCAGCGAAGCAGCACAAAGUUGGUCGUUAAAUAAAAAAUGCUCUUCAGGUGAAAAAGAUGUAAAAAUAAGUUCCAACAUUCCCCAGCCGUCAGCAACCGAAGAAAUAGCGACCAUGUGUGAAAUUCUAUUCACUAGUAAAGUGUCUCCCUUUUCUCCAUGUUUUUCAAGGGUUUCCAUUGAGCCGUUUUGGAAUAUAUGCUUGAAGAGCGAAACCGAACAGGAUGCAUGCACAGUAGCUAUCGCAUAUAUGAACCUCUGUGCUAUAGAAAAUACACCCCUAAGAGAACCCGAGAUCUGUGUUAAAUGCGAACUCCAGAAUGGAACUAGCAUAAAAGAAGGUGAUUUUGUUACAUUCCAGCAGAAAUCAACCAAUCUUUCGGUUGACUUGGUAUUCAUUGUCGAAGUUAAAGAGUGCAACAAAAAUAUUAGAAACAACAGAAACAUAGACGUCCUUGUCGAAUUAAUCGAUAAAGAACUAAAAGAGAAGAACAUAACAAACAAUAGAUACGCUCUUGUUCUGUUCGGUGGAGAUCAAAUUUAUGAGAAACCACGUGCGGUGUUUUCAAAUGGUAACGUUUUCACCAGCGCCAAAAUGAUUGUAAACUAUUUCAACGAAAUUCCUCAAGAAAAUGGAGUCCCAGAUACUUUUGAGGCUUUGGCAUUUUCAACAAAAUUACUAUUUAGACCAGGUGUAUCGAAAACGUUCAUCCUGAUUCCUUGUUCUGAUUAUUUAGAUUACAGCCUUAAGUUUGAUUACGGACUUAUGAACCAAGUGCUGCUUGAAAAUGACAUUACCUUGCAUAUAUUAAUGGACGACGAAUUUCAAUUACGAAAGCCCCGUUACAACAUAUCAAUUUUCGGUAUCGACCGUACUUUAUCUUAUACCGAAAAAGGCGUCAAGAAGUUUAAUGGAGAUGCUGAUUUAAGGAAGAAAAUUAAAAUGCCAAAGGCUACGUUGGGAAUCUGUAUGCCUUUGGCACUAGAGACUAAUGGUUCUAUAUUUAGCGCGAAAAAACUGGAAUCAAAUCAAACGCAAGCGUCUAAAAGGUUUGCCAGAGUUUUUGCUAAAAGAGUAGCGCAAAGUGGCCAUCCUGCCAAAUGUCAAAUCUGCGAAUGUACAGCCACCAACACAGGGGUUUCUUAUAUGGAAUGUUUCCCAUGUGACAUCCCCACUUAUCCGACAAUUAAUAAAGACAGUAGUAGUAACGAGUUGGAAUCGUCUACUCUGGGCGGUGGGAUUUACAGUCCAGAAGAUAGAAAAUAAAUACAGUAUAUAUAGACAAAAUAGUUCGUUAAUUUUUGUUAGUUAUAAAAUGUUAUUACAUGUAAGCAACUGAUAUUAUAUGUAUAUCAGAAAUAUAUAUAUAUAUUUAUGUAAUCAA